AUGAGAGUAUUUUCCAAAAUAUUCAAAAGUGUGAGGAGAAACGAUGAAGACGAUACCAUCAUUCCGUAUGUCAACAACAACAACAACACCUCAUCAUCAGCAACAAAUCAUUCUAAAAAAAAGAAAGGCACUUCCUCGAACACCACCAAUACUUCCUCAUCAUCAGCAAAAUCGACGUCAACGAGUACUGGCGCCAAUCUUUUGAAUAUUUAUGGUGAUUUGAAUGGACAUGACGAUGAGGAUACGAAAAGUGUCGAUUCUUCUUCCAAUUCAAAUCCUAAUAGUAUUGAUUAUUCAAAAUUAAAUAUUGAAGAUGUAUUUGAUUUUGAAGGAAUUGAUAGUAUGUGUAGAGAAGCAGAGGAUUUAAAUCUUAUUGAAUUUCUCACACAAGAAAAGAUCAUUCAAAAAUUAAUAGAAUAUGUCACAUGUACUCACACUGAAAUACCCUCCUAUUUAGAAUAUAAAUUAUUAGAAGCUACAUCUUCUUCUUCGAAUUUACAACAAUUUAGCGGAGGAACUACAGAGGAUCAUGACGAAAUGAUGAUGGGUCACGACCACCGAGAUGAUCAACACGAUGAUGAUGGUGGACCCAUGCGACGAUUACGCUCUCCAACAGGUGAUGACAAUUCCGAUGCUCAUGGAGGUAUGAGUGAAGCAGAAUUAUUAAUCUAUCAACAACAAAAACAACAAUAUUUGAAUUCGCAACAACAACAAGAUCACAUUCGACCUUCCAUGGAUGAUCAAGAGGAUUCAACAACAUCUCAAACCAAUCUUCAAAAUAGUGACAAGAGAGAAUAUCUUUUACAGAAAUUGAAUUACAAGUAUCCAUUUGUAGCGACUGAGAUUUUGAUAUCCACCAUUGGACAAUUUCACAUUUUACCACUCAUCAUGUUACCGUAUUCUUAUCAGACGGAUACGAGUGCUACUAAUGCUACUACUACUACUACUACUACUAAUGGUACUACUACGAAUAUGAUUGGAAAUCAUCAUGAUUUUGCAUCCAUCACUUUAAAUACAUCAUUUCGUCAAUCAUUGACAGUUCCUUAUUCUUCCAGUCAUUCCUUACUUGGAGUAGAUUCCAAUGUUGUUGGCAACAAUGUAUUGCCAAGAGUGGAUGAUGAUCAUACCAUUGAAACGAUUAUUGGUAACCAUCAUGAUGAACAACAACAACAACAACACAAUACUCCCAUGAUAUUAUCUUCAACACCCACUACUACUACGACCCAUUCACUUUUACAAGUGAAGAAUGAAAUGGAUUUGGAUCGACUUUCAUCCAAUUCUAAUAAUAAUUACAACAAUAACAACAAUAGCAUCAACAACAAUAGCAUCAACAAUAACAAUAAUCGAAUGGCAUCCUUUCAUUCACGAGUAGCAUUAUUGAAUAGUGAACUCAUUCGAAGAAAAUUAUUUUCAUUUAUUUAUCAAGAAAAACCAUUGAAUGCCUUUCAAGUGAAAUGUUUUGUACGAGUGAUUAUUGCCAUGAUGAAAAUUCCACACUUGACUCAUUUAGUGAUGGAUUAUAUCUAUGCACUUCAUGAUAUUCAAGAAUUUACAUCCUUGACGAGUAGUACUACUUCUACUGUUGUUACUUCUUCUACUUCUUCUACUGUUACUACUACUUCUUCUACUUCUUCUUCUACUGCUGUUGCUGUUACUUCUGCUACUACUCCUCCCAAUCCCCUCAAUCUCCCCAAUCCUUCCACCACAACAUGGAAUCAUGUGGACACUUCCCAUACAUCAUACCCUUCCCAAAACUCUUCAACAACUCAUAUCAUUUUACAAAUGUUAAAACAUAUUGAUUCCAGUGAUGAAAUUAGUGAACUCCUUCUCAUGUGUCUUCUCUAUGAAGAUGAAGAUAAUGAUCCCACUCAAACCAUCACUGCACCUUCAGGAAAUCUCAUUCAAGAUUCGUUUUUAAAUAUUUUAAAUCAACAAGAUGAAGUGGCAGUGAACAAGAAUUUACAAGUUCUCAAAUUGAAACAACAAAUUAUUCAACGAUUAUGUGCCUUGCAAUGUGAACAAAAUUUCUCACGAAGUGUUACUUUUAUUCUCACUACGAUUAUUCAAUAUAGAAAACCAAUUACAAGAAAACCUCCUGUCAUUGUACAAUAUAUACUCAAUAGAAAACAAAUGGAAUUAAUUAUUGAUAAUACUUUAAAUAUUACUUCCAAUUCACCUAGUUUUGUGGAUAAUAUGAAUUUUAUAAUGAAUUUAUUAUUUUAUAUUGCUACUAAUAGUCAGAGAUUAUUUCCAAUUCAACAACAACAUCAGCAACAUCAGCAACAUCAACAACAUCAACAAUCAUCAUCAAAUCAUCCUCCUCUAUGGAAUGGUAACAUAGACUCGAUGAUUGUAGAUGAGAGUGGAAUUGAUUGGAGACUUGUAUUGGUAUUGGUCAUUGAGAGAAUUCCAACAUUUGUGUCUUUAUUGAAAGAUGAAAUGGCUCGAGAGAUUUUGAAAAAAGAUCCAACCAUUAUCUAUGUGGAACAAUAUCAUCCUUUGCAUGCACUGGGGAUGGAACGAAAAAAGAAUCGAUGGGGCAAGAAUUCAAGUGAAAUUAAAAGUGAUACUACAAACACUAUGAGUAGUAGUAGUAAUAGUCAUAAUAAUAGUAAUGGUAGCAGUAAUAAUACUGGUAAUAAUAAUAAUAGUAAUAAUAAUAAUAAUAAUACGGAUAACACAGAAGGUUCAUUCGAUUUCAUGAUUCCUCUCUCAUUUCCUCCUCUUGGAAUUUAUCGAUUGAAAAUUAUUGAACUCUUUGUCAUGCUCUUCAAACAAUUAGAAGUAUUGAAUUCCAUUUAUGAUGGAUAUUUGAAACAACAACAAAAAGACACAGUUGAUACUACUACAAGUCUCUCACAAUUAAUUCUCAAAUCAGAUGUUUUAGAAGAAUUAAUUCGAUUACUAUUUCAAUAUCAAAGUAGUUUAUUACAUCACAUGAUUGUUCGACUCUUGUUAGAUAUUAUUGAAGGAAUGAUUGAUCCAUUUGUGGAUGCACUUUUCACUCGAUACAAACUUGCUGAUAAAUUAUUACAAGUUCAUGAAUUGAAUCAGAGAUUACAAAAAGAACAACGAACUAGUUUGGCAAUAUCAGGAUUUCUAACUGUGAUGGGUCAAGUGAUUGGAGACAAACAACUCUCUGUACUUGCUAAUAAUGCAAAAUGGUUAAAUUUCCAACAAUAUUCUUCAGAUCGAACAUUUGUUGAAAGAAUUUAUAGAGUAGGUUCACAAGAAGUUCAAAAUUUACCAGCUGGAGAGGAAAAGCGAUUACAAGAAUUGAGAUUGAGUUGGAGAGAACGAAAUAUCUAG